AUGGCAUCCAACACCGUCUACGUCAAGAAUAUCUCCGCCAAGACGGAGGAUAAGGAGAUCAAGGACUUCUUCAGCUUCUGCGGCAAGAUCACCGACAUCAAGGUCACCCCCGGCGAGAGCGACACCAAAGAUGCCACCGUCACGUUCGAAAAGGAGACCGCUGCCAAGACCGCCCAGCUCCUGAACAACACUCAGCUCGGUACCCAGCAGAUCUCAGUCUCCCCUGCCGACGGCAAGACCGACGACGGUGCUCCGCACACCUCUAACGACGAGCGUGACUCCGACGAGAUCACCCAGGAAGAGAAGCCCCGAAGCCGCAUUCUGGCGGAGUACCUUGCUCACGGCUACGUCGUUGGCGAUGCUACCCUCCAGCGUGCCAUCGAGCUCGACACCAAGCACGGCGUCACCAACCGCUUCAUGACCACCCUGAACAACCUCGAUCAGAAAUAUCAUGCCACCGACCGUGCCAAGGCGACUGACCAGUCCUACGGUAUCAGCAACCGAGCCAACAGUCUCUUUGGAGGCCUCAGCUCGUACUUCGAGAAGGCUACGAGCUCCCCUACUGGCCAGAAGCUCGUCAACUUCUACACUGUCGGCCAGCGCCAAGUCCAAGAUAUUCACGCUGAGGCUCGUCGACUGGCAGACCUGAAGAAGGAUGAGCACGGAGGCAGCGCCUACAAGGCGUCAGGUCUAGAGCGCGUCUUCGGCAAGGAGGGAGAGCAGUCUGCUGCCGGAGGCAACACCGGGGCCUCCUCAGUCCCUGCGCCUGGUCCCAAGGCUGGCACGGCGGAAUCUACUCCCCUGGGCACAGGUGCUGACCCUGCGAAGGGCUCCGGAACCGAGAAGGCCUAG